AUGUCAGUUAAGGACGAUAUUCCAGCAAUCUUUUUAGAUAAGGUUUCCCCAAGAGGUCUUGAAGCUAUUCAAAAGACAAAAGACUUUGUUGAGCAAUACUGUAUUCCUGCCGAUAAAGUUUUCAAGAAACAGAUUUCGACAGACCCAGCGGUAAGAUGGAAACAAUACCCUGCUAUUAUUGAACCAUUGAAGAAAAAGGCUAGGGAAUUGGGAUUGUGGAACAUGUUUUUGUCCAAGCAUUACAAAGAGGGUCCUCAAUUUACCAACUUGGAAUAUGGAUUGAUGGCUAGGUAUCUAGGAAGAUGCCACACUGGUCCUGAAGCCACUAACACUAGUGCACCAGACACGGGUAAUAUGGAGUUGUUUGCAAAAUAUGGUACAAAGGCGCAAAAAGACAAAUAUUUGGUGCCCUUGAUGGAUGGUAAGAUUAGAUCAGCAUUUUUGAUGACUGAAAAGGGGAUCUCAUCGUCCAAUGCGUUGAACAUUUCCACCACUGCAAUUAAAAACUCACGUGGAAACUAUGUCUUGAAUGGUACCAAGUGGUUUGCAUCAGGCGCUGGUGAUCCUAGAACUGCCGUUUGGUUGGUUAUGUGUAAGACUGCCAACGAUGAAAAGAAUGCAUUUAAAAACCACUCAGUAUUAGUGAUUAAUGUUAAGCAUGCAUUAGCAUCAGGCAAGGCUGAAGUUAUUAGACCUUUGGGAAUUUUCGGAUACGACGAUGCUCCUCAUGGACAUUGUGAAAUUGUUUUCAAAGAUUAUGAAGUUUCAUCAGAGUUGAUGCCAGAUACCAUUUUGGCUGGUGUUGGUAAAGGAUUCGAAUUGAUUCAAUCUAGAUUGGGCCCGGGUAGAAUCCAUCAUUGUAUGAGAGCUAUUGGUGCUGGUGAAUUUGCAUUGUUGCGUAUCGCCCACAGAGCUAAUCACAGAAUUAUUUUUGGUAAACCAAUGAAUAGAAGAGAAGGCUUUUUGAUGCAGUAUGCCAAGUACAGAAUCGAGAUUCAAAAAUGUUUAUUGUUGGUUUUAAAUGCUGCCCACAAGAUAGAUAUCACUAAUGCCAAAGAAGCUCAAAGAGAAAUUGCAAUGGCCAAGAUUGAAACUCCAAAAACCAUUUGUGAUAUUCUUGAUUGGGGUAUUCAAGUGUUUGGAGCUGAGGGUUUCUCUCAGGAUACAGAAUUGGCGCAAAUGUACGCUUGGAACAGAACUUUGAGAAUUGCAGAUGGACCAGAUGAAGCACAUUUGGCUCAAUUAGCAAGAAGAGAAGCCGCAAAGUUCCCUGACGUUGACGUGUUUUUUAAAGAUGUUGAUUCAAGAGUUGAGGCUGUUAGUAAAUUAUAA